AUGGAUUCAAAACCAAUUUCACAAGGCUUGAAAAACAUUGUCGAAAAAAUGAGUGAUCUUAUUGCGGAAGAGAAGACAGAGCGUUUGAGGGAAGAUACAGGAGGAUGGUUGUAUGGAGGGCAAACUUUUAUGGGUUUGGUCAAAGACUUGAAAACAGAGAUGGAAAAUCAAGGCUUCAAUAUCUAUAGCUGUGCGGUACGACAUUUUUUCAAGGGUGCAAAUAUCCUAGAUCUUCCCACGAAAGAACUGUUAAUCAUUCCAAUUAACGGCGUUGCAACCCUCUCACCCGGUGGUCAAUUAAUACCCGAUACUUAUUGCUCUCUCAAAGAUCAACCCACACUCUCUGGCAACAAUAUUGACGUUAUAAUUGUCAUCUUGGAAAAGGGACGGGCAGAAACAUGA